AUGUCACACCCAGCUCGAUUAUCACUGCGAGCCCCACCUCAUCUACCUUUCAUCCAAGGAUAUCCUGGUAUUCCAGCAUCGGGCAAUCGCAAGAGUGCUGGUGUACAUGGUACGUUGGAAUUGAGGGUGGGUACAACACCCGUGAAAGCUAAAUGGGUCAGAGUCGAGAUAAGGAAAUAUGAGAUAUUACCUCCUGGUUUUCCCGGAGGUGGUUCUUUCAAUAAUCAUAAUAAUGGUAAUCAUGAAUUAGUUUGGGAACACAUAGGUGAUAUUCAAACAUUAUGGAAACCUUCUUCUUCGUCUUCUUCCGCAACAUCAACAUCAGUGUCAAAAUCAACAUCUACAUCAACAACAAAUGGAAACGGAGACGAGUGUGAAAUAAUCGAAACAUCAGAUUUCAAGUUUUUCUUACCUUUACCUGAACAUAUACCACCCACAAUAGAAUUGCAAAAAGAUUCAGGUAUAAAAUAUGAAUUAGUUGCUGCGUUAUGUUAUAGACAAAAAGGUGGGAUGUUUAAAAAGGAAUCUUAUCCAAUAUUGAAGAUAUCUGAAUCUAUACUAAUAACCAAACAUGAAUUACAUUCAACUUGGCCUAUAUAUCAAAUACCCAGUACCAUUUCGUCGAACGAUCAACCACAAACUCCUACGGCCACAACUGCGUCUAACAAUAACGGACAAUUGGUUCUGAAUGUUUCGAGACCUAAUAGGGCAUUUGGUUCAGGUGAUAAAAUUCAAUUUUCAGCUAGCUUGAAAUCGACAAAAUCACAACCUUUUAAAUUAAAAGGAUUCGAAUGCACAAUGUAUGAAAUCAUCACUUCUAUUCCAUCACCACCACCUACACAACCUAAUGGCAAUACCAAUGUAAAGGAUAAGAAAAGGAAAUCAAUGCUUAAUCCAAUAUCGAGAUCUAGAGCUGUGGCUACAGUCAAAGCUGCCAUCGACGAAAAGAUCAAUUUGGGUGGAGAGAGAUCUGCAAGGAUAGAAAUGUUGAUUGAUAGAGUUCAAUCAACAACUACGAAUGCAAGAUCUCUCAAGGUCAGUUAUGAAUUGGAAGUCAAAGCUGUAAUGGAAGGUAUAAAGGAUAAGAUACAAGUAAAUGGAAUAGUUUAUACUGUUGGCGUAUAUUCUAAAACUCAUGCUGAAAAUGCUGUUAGAGAUAUAGGUUAUGUAGAAGCUUUAUGUCCUAAACCAGCUUCACCACCACCAAAACCACCUCCAAUAGAUUCGACUCCUUUCUCUGGAAGUCAACCUGACUUACCUCCUGGAAGUACACCAUAUCCACCCACAGCAUUCACGCCUCCCCGUACAUCUUCACAACAGCAAGGGUUCAUACCUAGACAAGACUUUCAACGUCAUAUUUCGGGUAAUACAUUGAAUAGUAUUAACACUUUUUCUACGACAACCUCAGGCCCAGGUGAAUUCGGCUUGAUACCAGGUCAGAGUCAUAGGCCAUACAUCACCAUGCCUUUAUCCCACGGACAAGGACAAGGACAAGGCCAAGGACAUAGAAGAGGCGAAGUAUUGUUUCCUAACCCUCAACCUGCCAGACCAAGGAGUAUCACACCUACUUCCCCCACGAUUGAAUCUUCAGGAGAUCACGAAAGAUAUGCACAGAGUGAUGUUGGACAUGAUAAUGCUAGCAGAUACUCAACGGCUACUAUGGCAACUUUUGGAAGGUGGGAUAAUGGGUUGAAGAAUGCUAUGGUUUCUCCUGGAAUAGACGGAGGAGGUACUAUGGCAAGUCCGACAUCGAGUGAUAACACCACUACACCAACUUCCCCAAUUGUACCUUCGACCUCAACAGCGCAAUCCCCUCCUUCAGGCUUGGCUUCCAGAUCUGUAUCUACACGACCAUCCGUUCCUCCUCCAAGCUCAUUCUACCUCUCCGCAGAGCAAGAGAAGCACUUACAGAGGGACAGGUACGAAUCAGCUAGGACAAAAGCUAUAUCCGCUCAAACUGGUCUAGGAGUUUCAUUGGAUCAAGUUGGCUUGGCUGGUCCAAGCCCAUCAUCACUUUCUCUUGCCUCUUCACCGUCGUCGAAGAUACCAAAUCUAGAUGAAGAAGAAGCUCCACCACCGGAAUAUGCACCCCCAAUUCCUGCACAACCUAAACAACAAUAUACCGCACCUACAAGACCCGUCUCUGAGUACACCAACGGCUCGUCAAUAAAAUCAAAUUCUACUCCUGCAUCACCAGCAGCGACUAUAACUUCACUUCCUUCAGUGUCUAAUAGAGUCGCUUCACCGCCACUUGAGAAGCAAGGCUUCAGCUCGGCUGCUGAAGAGAAAGAGAUUCAAAGGAAACGAUACGAAGAAGCUACUUCCAAAAUGUCAAAGAGAAUGAGCUCAGAAUCUGGAAGUGUAGGAUCGUCUUCAACUAUGAGCGGCACACCGAACAGACAUUCCAGUAUAAUCCAGCAACUCAAUCCGACACCCCCUUCUCAACCAUCUCAAUCGAAUGAUAACCCACUACCAUACGAAGCUAUACAUGCGUCCGAAUCCAGUUCAUCGGCAAUCAGGCCUAGAGCGAAUGUUGGACUAGGUAUCUCAAGUGGGCUAAGCGAGAAAGAGCAGAUGAGGAGAUACUAUGCUGCGCAGGAUGCUGUAGCGCAAAACGCCACUGGUAGUGACAGUGGUGGGAACACGAGUCCUGGAAGAAUGACUAGCAUAGGUACAAAUAGCGUACUAUCCAAGAGAUUAGGCUCGGAUGGUAUGAGUCUACCUUACAAUGUUGAUUCGGGUAGCAAUGGAAGUAUGCGUGGAGUGAUCAAUGCUUCUAAUGAGAAAGAACAGAUGAGAAGGUUCUAUGAAGCGCAAGAGAAAGUAUCUAGAGCUCAAACUCAAUUUCCGGUAGCUGGACCUUCCAACACCGUGAAUACACCAUCUUCGUCACCCAAACCACGUCAUUCAAUGGGUACCGGUCCUGGUGGUAGUGCUAUAAGUGAGAAGGAACAAAUGAGAAGAUAUUACGAAGCUCAAGAUAAAGUUGCUGCUGCUUCUUCUUCUUCUCAGGGACAAGGACAAGGACAAGUACAAUCACCAUCAUCCUAUACAGACAGCAAAUCUGAAAACUCGCCACCUAGAAAUGUCGCACCAAAUGGAAUGGAUGAGAAAGAACAGAUGAGGAGAUACUAUGACGCUCAAGAAAAAGUAUCUUUAGCUAAUGGAUCACCCUCUCAACCGCAAUCUGCAAAAAUCCCAUCGGCUUCGACUCCAAUGAAUGCCAAACCCUCUGGAUCCAUUUUGAACGCAAGAGAUGAAAAAGAACAGAUGAAAAGGUAUUAUGAAGCUAUGGAUAAAGUACAAAACGCUUCCACAAACAAUCACUCGAGGUUAGGAUCCGGUUCUGGUUCCGGUUCUGGUUCCAGGUCAGGAUCAGGAGUACAAUCAGGAAACAACCCAUUCGCAGAUCCAGUUGACAGGGUUGAUUCUCUACCUCCUAUCUUAUCUCCACCAGUGGAUUCUCCACCAGUGGAUUCUCCACCAGUGGAUUCUCUACCUGCCUUCGAUACACCAUCCUCACCUCCCAUGGCAUCAGGAAGUACUCAUACAGAUACACAAAGUACGAAUGCAGGACAUGUUUCAGCUGAACAGGAAAAAGAAAUAAUGAGGAAAAGAUAUGAACAAGCUACAUCUGCUGUGGAAAGGCAUUCCUCACCAUCUCCAAUCUCAUCACCAUCACUUGUCAAAAACGUAAAUGGACCAAGAACAAGUUUAGGCUUAGCGUCUCAACAAUUAAUAUCAUCCGUCAAUACACCUUCAGCUUCUCCUACUACUACUUCUACUACCACUCACACAGGUAUUGAAAAACAUUCACCAAGAUUAAUAUCUAGAAAUACAACUGUAUCUCCCCCUGAUUCACCUUUGAUGAGAGAUCCAACUGUAAAAGCUGGAAAAGCGAAAGCUUCUCAAACUCAAAUACAAACUCAAAUUCAAAAUCGGCCUCCAGCUCAAAUUGACUCUGAUGCACCUCCGCCUCCACCUCUACCUGCUAGACCACCAAAAGAAUACGUUGAACUGUUAUCGCCUGUAUGA